AUGCCCUUAUCAACCGUCGCUGCUGUACCAGCACGCUGCUGCCGCUUGCUUGAAGAUCCAGGAGGAUCCAUCUGCCGCUGCUGUCUGCAUGGUGAUGGGGAGGAAGGGUCUGUGGAUGGUCCUUCUGGGAAGGGAAUGGCAACACCGAUGGAGCAUGUGCUGGGUGGUGCUUUGUCUGGCUGCUGUACUGUAUCCGAUGCUCCUCUGUUUCAGACCCCGAAGGAGCCGUUGACUCAAAAGUCACCUUUGACGGGCUGCUGUGCUGUCACUGAUGCUGCUGGGUUUCAGACCCAGCAGGAUGUGAUGAUGCUGCAGCAACAGCAGCAGCAGCUGUCAAAGCAGACGGAUCAAGUGACAGCGUUGGUGCUGUCUCUAACUGAUUCCUUCUUGCAGAGUAACAACACUGGUGUAAACCGACCUGCCGCAGCCGCGCCUGAGACUCUAACUGCCAAUCUCCCAGCCUCUCUCCCUGCCCCUCUCUAUGCCUCUUUUCCUGCCCCUCUCCAUGCCUCUUUUCCUGCCUCUCUCCAUGCCUCUUUCCUUGCCUCUCUCCAUGCCUCUCUCCCCGCCACUCUUCCUGCCUCUCCUCCUACCUCUCUCCCUGCCUCUCUCCCUGCAAUGCCGUCUGCUACUCUGUCUGACUCAGGCGCGUGUAUAUCACUGCCUCUUACAGCCACCACCUUUGGUACACGUGGGAAUGUGCGGAAGCGACCCGCCUCAGCCAUGGAUGCACAGCCUCUUCCUCUCCGUGCCACUGACCAAGCCUGCUCUUUGCAGCAGCAGCAAGCUAAUAUGUUAAAGCCGUUGAUUCCGGCAGCAGUAGUUGCGUUUCUAGGGGGGGGAAGCACCAUCCGGGUUUCAGACUUUGCAGCCGUUGGCGUGCGGAAGGAGCUGCAGUCGUGGCUCGAGGGUGCGGCAUAG